GGCUUUUGGCCCUCUGCGUCUCCCUCGCUCUCUUGCUUUCUCUGCGGGGAACGGGGAUGGUUGAUGGUGGAUUAGAAAGACUUUUCAAGCUCGCUGUUGAAUCUCAGCUCUGAUUCCGGAAAUGGGAUCUUGCGUUUCGAGGCCGCAGGGCUGCGUUGGAAGCCGACGUCGCUCGUCGGCGGAUGGCCAUUGCAGGCAUCGUCGGCGGCGUGUUAUUCGGAGAAGGGUUAAGUCUAUGGUGACGAUCCAGGAGGUGGAGGUUGAAGGAACUACGGGGGAUCGACUUGAUCUGCUUUGCUAUACUAGUCCCACCAUACAAGGAAGCAUUGAGGAGACAUGGUUUGACUCGAUUACUGUCAUAGAGUCGGACUGUGACGACGAUUUUCAGAGCGUCCAGGAAGAUGAUUUCUCUUUAAGUGGAUUGGAAGAAGCAGUUUCAGGUUUCCCACCUUCCAAAGAUGCUCAUCAUGGAGAUGGAAAUUUUAAUUUCGUGGUGCCUGUCCUUGGCUAUAACCAGAAAAGCCCCAUUUCUGGGGAGUCUUUCGUAGGAAAUUCAGAUCAUGGAAGCAAAAUUCAGCCUGGUGUUGCUGUGAACAGUUUAAAAAUUUUUGUGAGCCACAGUGAUGUAUCUAACCUUUCAGUGGAUGAAGUUUCUCAUGGGCAUGGGGGAGAAGGAAUUUUGGAUAACUGUGGCAUGCUACAUAAUAAUUGCUUGCCUUUCCUUGUUACCUCUGUUCCAACUACUGAAAAGAAAAAGUCUCUCACCUCUAGCCCACCAAAUUCAGCCAGAAAGGCGUCACUGAAGCUCUCCUUCAGACGUAAGCCUGGAGAGGGGCAUCCUCUUGCAUCUGCAUCUUUUACAAAGCCUUUCCUUGAGAGACCGCUGGCAGGCCAACAGGUUCAAUUCUGCCUUCUGGAGAAGAAAAUGCUUGAUUGUUGGUCACAUGUUGACCCUAAUACAUUUAGGGUUCGAGGAAAAAAUUAUUUAAGGGAUAAAAGGAAAGAUUUUGCUCCAGACUUUGCCGCAUAUUACCCGUUUGGUGUUGAUGUUUUCUUGUCUCAACAAAAAAUAAAGCACAUUGCCCGCUUUGUGGAGCUUCCCAAUGUGAAUUCAUCUGGCAAGUUACCACCUAUCCUCAUAGUCAAUGUCCAGAUUCCACUGUAUCCCGCUGCCAUCUUUCAAAGUGAAACUGAUGGCGAAGGAAUAAGCUUUGUCCUAUAUUUUAAGCUCUCGGAGAAAUACUUAGAGCUUCCAACCCACUUCCUGGACCAUAUUAGAAAAUUAAUUGACGAUGAAACGGAAAAGGUCAAAGGCUUUGCUAUGGAUACAAUUGUUCCAUUUCGGGAAAGGUUGAAAAUUCUUGGACGAGUAGCCAAUGUUGAGGAUCUUCCUCUAAAUGCAGCAGAAAGAAAGCUCAUGAAUGCAUAUAAUGAGAAGCCAGUCCUUUCUCGGCCUCAACAUGACUUUUACUUGGGAGAGAAUUACUUGGAAAUCGACUUGGACAUGCAUCGGUUCAGCUACAUCUCAAGAAAAGGAUUCGAAACAUUCAUCGACAGAUUGAAAUUGUGCGUCUUGGAUGUCGGCUUAACUAUUCAGGGAAACAAACCCGAAGAACUGCCAGAAAAUUUACUGUGCUGUAUACGUUUGAGUGGAAUCGAUUAUACCAACUACCCUCAGCUUGCAGUCCAUUAACCUCCUCUCAAGUCAGCAAAUCAUCUCUACCCCCUAAUCCCAUAUUACAAAUUGAUUUUAGUUUCUUUGGCAUAAUUAUAUUAUGAUAAUGAUUCUCUACAGAAGUGGGUUUUCAGGUCCUGUAGAUAGUUUCAUUUAAUAAAACAGUAUUUUUUAGGGCACCACCAAAUUUCGGUGGUCCUGUAGGGUGAUGACCCUCAUGACAAAAGCCAUGGUACCCUUUCCUGCUUCUGUGGGUUUAAAAAAUGCUAGAGAAAGUGUGGCAAAGAAAAUCUUUUGUAACCUUGUCAAUAACUUUUUUUAAUCUGUCAGGUGAUCAAAAUGUUUCAAUAAAAAAAAAAAAAAAAAAGAGGGAGAGGGUAAUGGGGGUGGGAGAUUGAGUUUGUUGCUUAUUGUAUUCUGUGAUAUUUCUUCUUCAUUAUAAAUGCAAAUAUGCGAUUGUUGGCA